UUUAACUAUUACUCCUGAUCGGUAUUAUUUUGUACACACAUCCUUGGACACUCCGGACUGCUGGUCCUCCUCACGGGGCCUCAGAGAGACUCUUUGGUUCUCUGGAAACAGGGAGCUUAUACAGAGACGCCUCCCUCCCCUCCGGCCCCCCUUCCCCCAGCCUGCGAGCCCGGAGGCGUGGGGAGGGAGGAGGAGGAAGAUGCCCGGCGUCGGCUGGCAGAUGCUGUCCCUGACGCUGGGGUUAGUGCUGGCGAUCGUGAACCCGGCGGCCCCGCAGGCGUGUCCGGCGCAGUGCUCCUGCUCGGGCAGCACCGUGGACUGUCACGGAUUGGCACUGCGCAGUGUGCCCAGGAAUAUCCCCCGCAACACCGAGCGACUGGAUCUGAAUGGAAAUAACAUCACUCGGAUUACGAAGACAGAUUUUACUGGGCUCAGGCACCUCAGAGUUCUUCAGCUUAUGGAGAACAAGAUUAGCACCAUUGAAAGGGGAGCAUUCCAGGAUCUUAAGGAACUGGAGAGACUGCGUUUAAACAGAAAUCACCUUCAGCUGUUUCCUGAGUUGUUGUUUCUUGGGACAUCGAAGCUAUACAGGCUAUUACUUAUCCAUCCUAUUGAAUUCUGGAAUAAAUCGGACACGGAUUAA